AUGAUACUAAUCAAAGUGGAUCAAUUUGUUCUUCCAGCAGAUUUUAUCAUCCUUGACAUGGAGGAAGAUAGAGAAGUUCCCAUCAUUAUGGGACGUCCUUUUAUGGCUACUGCUGGCACCAUUAUUGAUGUGAAGAAAGGUUUAUUGUCUAUGACUGUGCAAGGCCAAACUGUUGAGUUCAAGGUGUUUGAAGCCAUUAAGAAACCUGUGGAGAUGGAUGAGUGUUUUUGCGUAGAUGUCGUUGAUAUUAUUGCCCACGCCACUUUCCUAGCUAAUGUAAACGAGGAUGAACUUCUCACAUGCCUAGCUAACCCGGAACUAAGAUCAGAUUCUAAUGAGGCCCAACACCUUGUAGCAGCUUUGGAUUCGACACCUAUUCAGUUCCCAAGGUGGCGUCACACAUAUGAGCCACUAGGGACACCUAGCGCUCCUAUCUUGCCUUCCGUUGAGAUACCUCCAAAGCUGGAGCUCAAGCCAUUGCCUGAACACUUGAAAUAUGCCUUUCUGGGAGAAUCCGAUACACUUCCUGUGAUCAUUGCUUCUGAUUUGACUGUUACCGAGGAAGAAAAGCUUUUGCGGGUUUUGAGAGAGUACAAAACAGCUUUAGGAUGGACCAUAGCUGACAUUAAAGGCAUUAGUCCAUCCAUGUGCAUGCAUCGAAUUUUACUAGAGGAUGGUUCUAAGGCUACCAUUGAUGCGCAAAGAAGAUUGAAUCCUAACAUGAAGGAGGUAGUCCGAGGUGAAGUUUUAAAACUUCUUGAUGUAGGUGUGAUCUAUCCCAUCUCUGACAGCAAGUGGGUUAGUCCAGUUCAAGUCGUCCCCAAGAAGUCUGGAAUCACAGUGGUUCAGAAUGAAAACAAUGAACUCGUGCCUACAAGAAUGACCACAGGAUGGAGAGUCUGUAUAGACUACAGGAAGUUGAAUUCAUCUACUAGAAAAGAUCAUUUUCCCUUGCCUUUUAUUGAUCAAAUGUUAGAAAGAUUAGCUGGUCACUCACAUUACUGUUUUCUUGAUGGCUAUUCAGGUUAUAAUCAGAUUCCCAUUGCCCCUGAGGAUCAAGAGAAGACGACAUUUACCUGCCCCUUUGGUGGUGAGAGAUGA